AUGAGCGGCAAAGAUGCCACCCACGCCUCACCCACUCCAAGCCAUACACAGCAGCAGCAUGACUAUAGCUCCCACGAGAUACCAGGGACUCCGGACCGUGUCAAGUUCAAUGACGAAACUACGAGUUACACAAAUAGCGAACACUGGACAAGUAUUCUCGAUGGGAUUUCGGAAUUGCGUGAGCAUCUCGAUCAUAUCCCCACAUCAUCUGAUGCAAGACGUGAUGAAUUAGAAGAAGAGUCUCGCCCAGAAAUCCUAUUUGGACGGCAAAGGUUUGCAACUAAAGAAGAUCUACUGGCAGCAAUGCCGCCAAAGGUGGAGACAGAUCAAUUAAUUGAGACCUUCUUUUCAACAUUGGAGACCCAUGCAAAUUUUCUGCACAAGCCGACAUUUGUCAAGCAAUACGAAGAUUUCUGGCUGAAUCCAUUUGAAACACCAACCAUGUGGGUGGGACUUCUGUACGCUAUCCUUGCCACUGGGGCUCGAUUCCAAGCGAAUUUCGAUGGGCACAUGUCAAACAGCGUUGGCAUGGGGCCUAAUUAUACCCAGAGCAUAUAUUCGGCACGCACAAACUUCUAUCGCGAGAAAGCCGUACAGUGUAUGAUCCUUGCCAACUAUACGAAAUGCCCGCCAGCGACCAUUGAGACAUUUAUACUUUACUGUGGCAGCGAGUUCUCACGCUCUGCCGAUGCUCAGUUCAGCUCAUACAUGGUCGUCGGCAUGCUCAUAAGACUAGCGUUUCGUAUGGGGCUACAUAGGGAUCCGUCAAGGUUUCCCAAUAUCUCACCUUUCGAAGGCGAAAUGCGACGACGCAAGUGGAUUUCAAUAAUGUCCCUUGAUCUAAUUACAUCAGCACAGGUGGGGUUGCCACGAAUGAUCCAGCCGUAUAUGUACGACACCCAAGAGCCUCGGAACCUAAAUCAGGACGAUAUCCAAGAGGACAUGACGGAACUACCACCCUCAAGAUCAGAAUCAGAACUCACACAGCUUCUCUAUUUCAUUCUUUUGAUCAGAAUUCGAAAGAUCCAGGCGCAGAUCCUGGACUUGAUACAAGCCACAUCGCAGCCACCAUACCAGGCUAUAAUCGACAUCGAUACAGCGCUGAGAUCUGUCUACGGCCAAAUCCCCAAGAGCCUCGAAAUCAGGAAUCUAGGCCAAGCUAGUGAACAUUUAAGGCCGAGCUUGAUGCGUUGUACUUACUUGGAAUUGGCUUAUCUGAAGGCUCAAGUGAUGCUGCAUCGUCCGUAUCUCAAGCUUGGAAGAGUCGAUAAGCAUUACGAAUACUCACGGAAGGUCUGUCUUAAUGCAGCAAUGGAAUUGCUCUCAUUCCAAAAUAAGCUAGACGCGGACAUUCAGCCUGGGGAGGAGCAUGUCCUAGUUUUCCGCAUCAGCGCCGUGAUCAAAAUUAUGGCUUCUAUAAUUACUCAGGACUUUCUCCUCGCUACUAGUGUGUUAGUCCUUGACCUCGAUGAGGACUUGGUUUCCCCUUUGCCCAUCGUUGCCGAUAGGAGGGUGACGGGAGUGUCCCAGUUGCAAGUAGGGAUGCCAACACGCGAAGAGAUUAUAGCAUCGCUGCGUUCCGCGUACCGCAUCUGGUUAAAGAAAAGCAAAAGAUCUCAAGAGGCAAAAAAGGUUGCGGCUGCAGUGAAACUAGUGCUUUCCAAAGUAGGGGAGCACGGGGAGCACGACGACCACACGCACAGCCCCCCGCAUUCCGUGGAUGCUACAACAGUAGAAAACAGCGGUGUCUACCCAUCACCGAACAUUGUGUUUAAAGAGCAGAUGCCACCACGUCAUGUGCCAAACACAUUCCCAGCUGGAUACGACAGCUACAGCCACUCCCUUCUUUAUAGUCAGAUGCCCAUGGACCUUGACAGCCUGAACAUCCCUCUUGAUUGGGAAGGUAUGAUGUCACAUCUUGAUGUCCAGCAGUACAAUGAUGCUCAAUAA